CUAAGUGCCUGUAGUCUCUCAGUUAGCUCUCUUAUCUCCUGGAUCAAAAGCAAGCACACAGUCCUGUAUACUGCAAAUUCAUCUCAUCUAGGCCAAAGCCUGAGGAACAGCAGCCACUUCUAAAACGUGCACUGUAAUACAGCCAUGAAGAAGAUUUCAGAAAACUGCAAAGAAUAGAACAUUGUACCAUUAGCACAACACAUCUACUAACUGCAAACACAUGGACCAUUCAGUAUGAGAAAUACGAUAGCUAUUCCUGCUGUUACAUUAAGCAGUGAAUAUUUGGUGAGGCUUGUCAUAGCAGAAAAGUCUCUGAAGUGUGAAGAGCACAAUGUCAGUCUGCCGCUGAGCGAGCACAAUGAACCCUGGUUUAUGCGGCUCAACCCCUCCGGAGAAGUGCCAGUGCUGGUGCAUGGAGAGAAUAUCAUCUGUGAAGCUACACUUAUUAUUGACUACCUGGAGCAGACAUUUGCUGAUGAGAAAACACCCAAACUUGUACCAGAUGAAGGGAGCGUCUACCAUAUUAGGGUGCAGCACUACAGGGAACUGCUGGACUCAUUGCCUAUGGACGCAUAUACUCAUGGCUGUAUCCUGCACCCCGAGCUAGCGGUGGAUUCCAAGAUACCAGCAUAUGCAACAUCAAGAAUUCGCAGUCAGAUUGGUAGUACUGAAUCUGAACUCAAGAAACUCGCUCAAGAAAACCCUGACCUUGAAGAUGCAUACAUUGCAAAACAAAAACGCCUAAAAACUAAACUGAUGGAGCAUGAUAACAUAAAGUACUUAAAGAAAAUACUAGAUGAGCUGGAAAAAGUUCUGGACCAGGUAGAAACUGAAUUACAAAGACGUAGUGAAGAGACACCAGAAGAAGGUUCAGGCAGUGAGUCCUGGCUGUGUGGACAGUUCUUCAGCCUGGCAGACGUAUCACUAGCCGUCACUCUUCACCGAUUGAAGUUCCUUGGAUUUGCCAGAAGGAACUGGGGGAAUGGAAAGCGUCCUAAUUUGGAGGCAUACUAUGAGAGAAUCCUGCAGAGGAAGACUUUCAAUGAAGUGCUUGGAAAUGUCAAUAAUAUUUUAAUUUCCGCCGUUCUGCCGACUGCAUUCCGCGUGGCCAAAAAACGAGCCCCUUCUAUUCUGGGCGCUACCGUCACUAUAGGAUUGCUGGCGGGAGCAGGCUACGUUAUUUUCCUCUGUGUGAGACAAAGACUUUUCAAUGCAUUCUCAACUAUUAGGUCAAAACGCUUUUUUUAAUUUAUCUUGAAACUGAAAAUAUAAUACUAAAAGUUCAGUCUAAAGACACAAGAACAUAUAACCAUGAUAAAGUGUAACAAAGCCGUUCUCAUUGUAUACACAUCUCAACCCCACAAGAUAUCAUCACAAUAAAAUAUAUGUAACAUUUACUUAUA